GAGGAUGCUCGUGAUCUGGAUGCCUAUACGUUAGCCAAGUCUUACUUUGAUCUAAAGGAAUAUGACAGGGCUGCCUAUUUUCUACGGGGCUGCAAGAGUCAGAAAGCUUACUUCUUGUAUAUGUACUCUAGAUACCUGUCAGGGGAAAAGAAGAAGGAUGAUGAGACAGUGGAUAGUUUGGGACCUCUGGAAAAAGGACAGGUGAAAAACGAAGCUCUGAGAGAGCUGAGAGUUGAGCUGAGUAAGAAACACAAAGCACGGGAACUGGAUGGAUUUGGCCUUUAUCUGUAUGGUGUUGUGCUGCGGAAGCUGGACCUGGUGAAAGAAGCAAUAGAUGUGUUCGUUGAAGCUGCUCAUGUCUUACCUUUGCACUGGGGAGCCUGGCUGGAACUUUGCAACUUAAUUACAGAUAAAGAGAUGUUGAAGUUCCUGUCCUUGCCUGAUACAUGGAUGAAAGAGUUCUUUCUUGCACACAUUUAUACUGAGCUGCAGCUGAUAGAGGAGGCUCUGCAGAAGUAUCAGAGUCUCAUUGAUGCAGGAUUUUCCAAAAGCACUUACAUCAUCUCUCAGAUUGCAGUUGCCUACCACAACAUCCGAGAUAUUGACAAAGCUUUAUCCAUCUUUAACGAGCUAAGGAAGCAAGAUCCUUACAGGAUAGAAAACAUGGACACAUUCUCCAACUUGCUGUAUGUAAGGAGCAUGAAGCCCGAGUUGAGCUACCUGGCUCACAAUCUCUGUGAGAUAGACAAGUAUCGUGUUGAGACCUGCUGUGUAAUUGGGAAUUAUUACAGCUUGCGCUCCCAGCAUGAAAAAGCAGCACUCUAUUUUCAGAGGGCCUUGAAACUGAAUCCUCGUUAUCUGGGAGCCUGGACACUUAUGGGGCAUGAAUAUAUGGAAAUGAAGAACACAUCUGCAGCUAUCCAGGCUUAUAGGCAUGCAAUAGAGGUGAACAAAAGGGACUACAGAGCGUGGUAUGGAUUGGGGCAAACCUAUGAAAUCCUCAAAAUGCCGUUUUACUGUCUCUAUUACUACAGACGAGCCCACCAGCUCAGACCAAACGAUUCUCGUAUGCUGGUUGCUCUAGGAGAAUGCUAUGAGAAACUCAAUCAGCUGGUGGAAGCUAAAAAGUGCUAUUGGAGAGCUUAUGCUGUGGGAGAUGUGGAGAAAAUGGCACUGGUGAAACUAGCAAAGCUACACGAACAGCUGAAUGAAUCUGAACAAGCAGCUCAAUGCUAUAUCAAAUACAUCCAGGAUAUCUAUUCCUGUGGGGAGAUAGUGGAGCACCUGGAGGUCAGCACUGCCUUCCGUUACCUGGCCCAGUACUACUUCAAGUGUAAGCUCUGGGAUGAAGCCUCAGCAUGUGCUCAGAAAUGCUGUGCAUUCAAUGACACUAGAGAAGAAGGAAAGGCCCUGCUGCGGCAAAUCUUACAGCUUCGCAACCAAGGAGAAACAUCAUCCACGGAUAUUGCUGCUCCCUUUUUCCUCCCCACGUCAUUGUCAGCCAACAACACUCCCACACGUCGUGUCUCCCCACUCAACCUGUCUUCUGUAACACCAUGAACAAUGUUGGUAACUUCUAACCUGGGCGUUGAAUAUGAUAGCGGAGAUGGGGCUUGCAACCACUCAUUUCUUUCCAGUGACCUUUCUACAUUCGUUGUUGCCUUCCCAUGAAGGGCAGGAGUUACUAGAGCCCACUGCUGAAGACGGAUGUGCCCCAGCAGGCAAAGGUGCAGCCUAUGUGGAAGUGCCUGUGAUGAGAUGUGAGAACCUGCUGUACUUCUCACCAUGUCAUGCCUGUCAGAGGGCAGACACGUUCCAAUACACAGGACUACUCCUAACCGAGGGACUGGGGAGAGCUU